AAUAUGAAGACUGAACCGGAUAUGAAUAGACGGAAGUGAUUGUAGGCGUUUUCAUGGCAGCGACCUUGUGCUAUCAGAAGUCGAUAUAAAUUGUGUGAAAAACCGAUUGUGGAUCGCUAGUACAGUGCAUUUUAGUGUAUGGAUUUGUUUGUAGUUCAAUAUUUAUCAUGAUUCCAAGCUUUAAAGUGGCGUUUGGUAGAGUGGCAGGUGUUUUCGGAGCUCACAGUCACCAACAUGGUCCUUUACAUGGUCACAUAAAGAUUUUGACCGCUGGGCUGAAGACUUAUGAAGUACCUCCAGACUUCAGCAAUGUGGUGCUUCCAGAUAAACCCAAACUGAAGUUUUUGAAUAAAGUCCCGAACUUGAAAAAGGCAAAGAAAGAAAUGAAAAGGUUGCGUGACAUUCAAGGGCCCGCAAAAGCUGCAAACUCCUUUUCGACCGGAGAGUUUGCCAUAAUGGCUUUAGGCGGGGGUUACCUCCACUGGGGUCACAUGGAAAUGAUGCGACUUACCAUCAACCGCAAGAUGGAUGCUUCAACGACAUUUGCCAAGUGGCGCAUAAAUGCGCCUUACAAGCCUGUCACACGGAAAGGUCUGGGCCAGCGCAUGGGGGGUGGCAAAGGAGCGAUCGACCACUAUGUGACACCCGUCCGGUGUGGCCGAUUCAUUUUGGAAGUGGGGGGCAAGGUGGAGCUAGGGGAGGUUGAAGGUAUCCUGACCCAAAUAGCCAAGAAGCUUCCUUUCCCUGCGAAGGUAGUAACUCGAGAAAGCCUGGCUGAGAUGCAAAAGAAACAAGAAGAAAUGGAGAACAGUAACCAGAAUCCAUGGACGUUCAAAGACAUAGUCCAGGGCAACAUGAUGGGGAUAAGGAAGUACACGAGCCCAUUUGACCUGGCAAACCAUGGACGCUACACUGGCAGGUUCCUCAACCCAGGAAGGGUGUGACGGAUCCACAUAGUCUACAAGACGUGUUCCAAAUAUUUACACACUUUUUUUUUUAUUCUAAAACUAAAACUUUACAGCGGUGUCAUAUUUGAUUUCAUAUAAAUAAAGGCUCAUUGGGUAACAUUU